GCAGGAGCGGGAGCCUCCUCCUCACCAGGUGCCUCUCUCCUCUGACUCUGCACCCCGGAGAUGGCAGCACCCAAGGUCGCAGUGGUUGGCGCAGGAGUCAUCGGCCUGUCCACAGCACUGUGCAUCAUGGAGACUUGCCCCAGCUGCUCCGUGACCAUCCUUUCAGACCAGUUCAGCCCCAACACAACGAGCGAUGUUGCAGCCGGGAUGCUCAUCCCUCACACCUAUCCAGGCACACCGAUCCACGUGCAGAAGCAGUGGUUCAAAGAGACCUUCGCUUACCUUUUUGCCAUCAGCAACUCAGCCGAGGCAUCAGAGGCUGGCAUUCACCUGGUCUCUGGCUGGCAGGUCUUUAAAAACACUCCCGAGGAAGAGUUACCUUUCUGGUCAGACGUUGUCCUGGGAUUUCGACUGAUGUCUGAAGCAGAACUCCAAAAGUUUCCGCAGCACCGAUUUGGUCAGGCCUUUAUGACACUGAAAUGUGACUGUCCACCCUACCUGCUGUGGCUGGAGAAAAGGUUGAAAGCAACUGGUGUCCAGAUGUACACCAGAAAAGUUGCAGACUUGUGGGAGCUGCACAGCGAAUAUAACGUUGUCGUCAACUGCGCGGGCAUUGGAGCCCAACAGCUGGUGGGGGAUAAGAAGCUCUUCCCCGUCAGGGGACAAGUACUCAAGGUUCGUGCUCCUUGGCUGAAAAACUUCAUCCGGGAUGGAGAUGGUUUAACUUACAUCUACCCGGGGAUACACAGGGUAACCCUAGGGGGAACCAGGGAGAAGGAAAGCUGGAGUCUCUCCCCUGAUCCUGGCACUACCAAAGACAUCUUUGACAGAUGCUGCUCCCUUGAACCCUCACUGCGGGGAGCUCAGGAUAUCAAGGUGAAGGUGGGCCUGAGGCCAUCCAGGUGGUGCGUGAGACUGCAGAGAGAGGUGUUGAGCCAAGGAGGACUUAAGCUCCCGGUGGUCCACAAUUAUGGGCAUGGGGCAGGUGGCUUUUCGAUGCACAGGGGCACAGCCAAAGAGGCUGCUCGCCUGGUAGGAGAGUGCAUUGCUGCUUUGCAAGGCUCCUCAUCAAGGGCCAAGCUUUGA